GGGACUCGCCGUUACAAAGGGCUCCUGUAUGGUCUCGCUUCUUGGUUUUCAUUGUCAGUGCUGUUUGCCCUCCCCAGUGCUUCUGGAUGGAUCUUCGUCACCAUCCUAGGAUUUCCCGCCAUCCUCAAGCUUGAAAACCCACUUAAAACCAUUUGGGGGGCAUCUUUAAGUGCUGAAUUGGACAUGACUGAAGGCUGCAGCCGGCCUUUUCCCUGACGUCUUCCUCUGAGGCUCCCAGAAUGGUGGAGAAAUGAUACUGAUUGUACGAAAGCAACCCCUUCAGCCAACUCCUGUCUUCCUGGGAAAGCCCCUGGAAGAAACAGCUGAAGAAGUUGAAGCUGAAAAGCUUGCCUUGUCUGAGACCAUUCUACAGUAUCAGAAGGAAUCUUGUGGUUGCAAAUGACAGAGGAUUCAACCCAAACUGAGUUAGCAAAACCAGUCUCAAAUGAAUCUGACUUGAAAUUCCAGAGGCUGAGAGAACACAUCCCUGCUUAGCUGGAAGAAAGCCAGAGAAUAUCUGAGAAGAGGCUGGAACUUUCAUUUUGCAACCACACAAGACCUCUGCAUCCCUCAUAGAGAAGGUUUUUUCUCGUUUUUGUUUCUCUUGAAACACCUGGAGUGAGGAACAACCUCUGCAUUGGCCAAGCAGAAGAAACAGGAUCUAUGACUGAAGGGGAUCAGCCACGAGUGGCUCCUCACAGCAUAAAGGGAGGCACUUUGCUCGCUCUGUCUUGGAAUGAGAAGUUGAAUUCACAAACACACAAUUGAGAAGACAUGGGCUGUGGUACAUCUUCAGUGAAAGACAGGAAAUCUGAGAGAGUGCUGAAAGCCGCUUUGGUCAUCCAGAACUGGUACCGAGGUUACAGUGCUCGACUGAAGGCCAGACAACGCUAUGCCCUCAGCAUCUUCCAGUCCAUCGAAUAUGCUGAUGAACAAGGCCAAUUGCAGCUAUCCAAUUUCUUUUCCUUCAUGUUGGAAAACUACACACAUGUAUAUGAGAAAGAUCCAGAAUUUGUAACUCGACUUUUUGGUACCACCGGCCAGGAUGACAAGGAUAGACAGGACUAUCUGGGGUUGAUAGACAUCCCAGACUCCUAUAGUGGUCCUCGACUGCAAUUUCCUCUCACUUUUACUGAUAUUGAUUUACUUAUUGAGGCCUUCAAGCAACAACAGAUACUUCAUGCUUAUUAUGUCUUAGAAGUGCUAUUUGAAAGCAAGAAAGUCCUGAAGCAAAUGCCGAAUUUCACUCACGUAAAAACUUCUCCCUCCAAACAGAUAACAGUCUGUGGUGAUUUGCAUGGGAAACUGGAUGAUCUUCUUUUGAUCUUCUAUAAGAAUGGUCUCCCCUCAGGGAGCAACCCAUAUGUUUUUAAUGGUGAUUUUGUAGAUCGAGGAAAAAAUUCCAUAGAGAUCCUAAUGAUCCUGUUUGUGAGUUUUCUUGUCUACCCCAAUGACCUGCACUUGAACAGAGGGAACCAUGAAGAUUUUAUGAUGAAUAUGAGAUAUGGCUUCACGAAAGAAGUUUUGCUUAAAUAUAAGCUACAUGGAAAAAAAAUCUUAGAACUCUUAGAAGACGUCUAUACCUGGCUUCCAAUUGGUACAAUCAUUGACAAUGAAGUCCUGGUCAUACAUGGUGGGAUAUCAGAGUCCACAGACUUGAAUUUACUCCAUCGUAUAGAAAGAAACAAAAUGAAAUCUGUGCUGAUGCCACCAAUUCCAAUAGAUGGAGACCAUUCUACUGACUUGAAGAAAAAUAAAGUAGGUACAACCACUAUGCCUCAGGGAAUCAGAACAAAUGGAUCCUUUUCUGAACAGUUAACAAAGCAUGAAUGGGAACAGGUUGUCGAUAUUCUGUGGAGUGAUCCCAGAGGCAAAAGAGGCUGUUACCCAAACACAAAUCGAGGAGGGGGCUGCUAUUUUGGACCAGAUAUUACCUCCAAGAUUCUUAAUAGAUACCAGUUGAAGAUGCUCAUUAGGUCUCAUGAAUGUAAGCCUGAAGGGUACGAAAUCUGCCAUGAUGGGAAGGUUGUUACUGUAUUUUCUGCUUCUAAUUAUUAUGAAGAAGGCAGCAAUCGAGGAGCUUACAUCAGACUGGGUUCUGGUACGGCCCCUCGAUUUUUCCAGUACCAAGUAACUAGGGCAACGUGCUCGAGACCUCUUUACCAAAGGGUGAAUAUUAUUGAAAGUAGUGCCAUCAGGAUAUUAAAAGAGAGAAUGAUUUCACGAAAAACUGACCUCAUUCGUGCUUUCCAACUUCAAGACCGCAAUAAAUCAGGAAAACUUUCUAUGGGCCAGUGGGCUUUUUCCAUGGAGAAUAUCUUGGGGCUGAACUUACCGUGGAGAUCCCUGAGUUCGCAUCUGGUAACCACAGACAAAGAUGGAAAUAUUGACUACAUGUCCAGCUUCCAGGAUAUCCACAUUAAAAAACCUGUGAAAGAGGUUCAGUCUACUCUAAUUGAAACUCUGUACAGAUACCGAACUGACCUGCAAAUCAUCUUUAAUAUCAUUGACUCUGAUCACUCAGGCCUGAUCUCCAUGGAAGAAUUUCAUACCAUGUGGAAACUUUUCAAUAGUCACUACAGUGUUCAUAUUGAUGAUUCUCAAGUUGAUGAGCUCGCCGAAAGAAUGGACUUGAACAAAGAUGGAAGCAUUGACUUUAAUGAGUUUUUAAAUGCUUUCCAUGUAGUGCAUAAAUUUGAUAGGUUGCACGAAUCAGACACUCAGCUUGCUUAACAAGAAUUAGGGCUUUCCCUCCUUGUGAACAGUUGGACCCAAAUCACUGACACAAUCUUUUCCAGGACCUUUGAAAUUCAGUCAGUAGUAGAGAAAAGUAGACCCCAAUCCACGUCACGAGCAUAUGUAUAGUGUGGGUAUUGGAAGUCCCUAGUAAGCUGUUAUUGGGAAGACUAGGUUAAAUGUCAGCCGAUAGGAUUUGGCUCCGGUGUUAGAACCCACACACUGCCAGGUAGAAACUGGGUUUGAGUCUAAUGUUGGUCUCUUGGAUGCUACCUAAACAGGAGACCAGAGCAGUUUGGAAAUAUAUUGAAAGGAACCCACAGAACACCAGAGAAAAGUACAACAUCUGUGAGUGGCUGAGGGAUGACAGGAGGAAUACCGAACUAUUAAUGGAAUAAAAUAUUUCCGGCUUCAAAACAUUUCCAUCUGUAAUCUUCUUUGGGGAUACCAUAAGCCAGUGAUUCUCAAUUGUGGGGAACCACCCUUCAGGGAUGGGGGCCAUAUCAGA